AUGUUUAAUUUCGUUUCGAACAAAUGUGUUAAAGAUGCGGUUUGCGCAGCGCUGGCCUGCGCUCUCGAGGUCGCGGCGAUCGACUACGAGGAGACCGUCGUUUGGCAACCGGACCCUCAGCACAAGUACGUCGCCCUGCGGGAAGUCACGCAAGGUCCGACCUAUCAAGAAACCGCUUCAGUCGAGCCCAAAGUGACGGUGGUCGACAACGCCACCACAGGAGGGCAAAAACUCCCCGCCUCCGAAUCGCAGAAGGCUGAACCACCAGCGAAAGAGACCGUCCCUCCGGCGGCCGCCCCUGGGGUGGUGCCCCCUCGGGCCCCGAUCCCGGAGUUCUCGUUCGGCGUGUGGAACGCCACGGACGGCACCGUCUGCAUCCUAGCCAAGUUCCAGGCCUUCUUCACCAUCACGUACGCCAGCCGAGGCGGCUUCCAGACGGUGACCCUAAAGAUGCCCGAGACGGCCAAGAGCAAGGGCAUCUGUGCCUCGGACGACCAGGAGCCCGUACUCGAGCUCACCUGGCCCGUCUUCCGAUUCAUUCUAAUGUUCUCCAGGACCCCGGCGGUGAACGACAAGGGUUCGUGGAAAGUGAGCGGCCUGGAGAUCCAGUUCAACACCAACUCACCCUUCUUCCCCGGAGCCACUAACCCGGGCAAGCGGACGGCUCGCACCGGCGACAACGUGACGCUCUUCGAGACUCCGAUGGGAGAGUCGUACUUCUGCCCGACGCCCAAGCUGGUGGCGCUCACAGACUCCCGUGGCGGUCGCAAGGUGGCCGUGCAGUUCAAGGACCUCCGCAUCCAGGCUUACGAGUUCCAGGGAACCUACGGCCCAGCACACCGGUGCAGUCAGGUCCGCAUGGCGGGCGUCCAGGACCCCUUUCCCCAGGACGAGACCGUGCCCAUCGCGGUUGGAUCUACGCUGGCCGUGGCUGCAGUGGCCGUCGUCGUGGGCUACGCCCUCUACCGGUCCGUCUUUGUGCGCAGGGUAGACUACAACACCAUGAACUGAAAAGAUGCCUCCUGCAAGUGACGAUGUUAAACCGUCACAAAGAAUGCGCGCCUUCUUAUUCGGCAGACUUGUGUGUACUAGAAAGAUGCGCCACACUUUGGGCUACCGCUGAGUGCCCAGAGUCUUGGAUCGGGUAGACGCCACCUUUCCAAACAUUUUGUCUAAUGAAGCACAGGUCACGUUUCAUUGAACAACAUUUCAGCACAGUGCACACACCUACUGUUGCAUUGUUUGUGAUAAUGUUAGGACGUCUGUGGUUCAUUUCAACGAAGCAGCAGCUAAACUACGACGAUGGGCGACUUGCAACUGAAGCUACUGUGUUGACGUGCAUGUAUAUGGAUGGUGGAAAGAUAUGCCCCGGUUCAUCGAACCCAGUUCAGCAAGGUAAGCAACACCGUGGAUGUAAAAACAAAAAACAGAAACCACGAACCAAUCGCUCCAGCCCCUGGUUAAAUCUGAAGGUACUAGCACAUUUAGCCCAUCAUGUUUGUUUCCAUGGUGCGUAGACAAGCACUGGCACUUUCACUAAACAUAAUUCUGUAAACCCAGGUGUUUCAUUAGCUGAACAAGGGGAUGUGACCACUCUUUGGUAUGAGUUUUUAAAAAAACACUGAUGACAAUUCUACACUUUUCAUAAUUUACAUGUAUUGCUACUGCAAGAUGAAUUAGUAGGAAGCUAGGGUGUUCCCCUGAAAAGUUAAGGCAUGUUUUUUGUCAAAAGCAGGGUGUCAAAUCAAUCAUUAUCCCGGCUUCUUUCGGUUCAGGUUCAAUUGCUAUAUCUUUUGUUCCGGAUCGGUUCCGGCUCGUAACUCUGCCUUUCAUCAAGGCCACCCGUGAACUUCCUGAAGCUUUUGUUGAGCACGUGAUACUUGCAGUAGCCGGACACAAACUUAUCUCCAUCGCACCAAAUUAAUGUAACGGAAUGAGACAGAUACAUUAACUUUUUGCUCAUCAAAUGGGAGCUGCACUGGGCCACCCUUUGUGCAAUGUACAUUGCUAUGUGCAAGUGAUGGUUCCACUUUGAACUACACUGCAAAAAAUUUACCUCACAUUCUACAGAUGACUGUUAUUAAAAACAUGUAGUCUGAAAGGAACAAACAUUUCGGUUGAAUGCGGCAAGUGUUUACAAGAUGCACUGUCAAUGUGAUUUUGUCUUGCAAUAACUAUCCGAGCUAGUAUCAUAUAGCAGCAUCACAUCUAAGGAAUAUGUGCAAUUAGUGUUUACAAAGAUGCAGCUUGGCAUAUUUCAAGAUUUACAAAACUUGGUGAACAAAAACGAAAUCUGGUGCAUUUAUGGUAGAAAAGUCCAUAAAAUGAGGAAGUUUUGCCCAGUUUGUAGAGGAGAAUUCUCAGCCUCAUUGUUCACUAAUGCGGUACUAUAUAUAUGGCACAGUCCCUCGAUAGCAGCAGUCUAGAAACUAGUCUGCUAUGCUAGGGAAGACCUUUGAUUUGGGAGAAAGUGAAUUUGACCUCGUGCUGCUUGCAAAAGCAGGCUCGGUGCACACGUCUCCAGUCAGAACAGUUAUUACUCGACUGUUUUCCAGUGAACUGGUAAUCACCAAACAAGGUCGUGGUAUGGUUUCGGUUCGGGUAUAAAUAUGAAAUGUUCAGUCCUGGUUCCAUUCGGGCAUAGUCAAAAGUUAACGUGUUUCAAUCCAUUUUCCGUAGAGGUUUGUGUGUUCAGUUUGACAGCCUGGUCAACAAAGGCUUUCAAAGAUCGCAUUACCGAGAAACAAAAUACUUGCAUCAUUCCAGUCAAUUCUACAAUCACUCAAUUGUGACAACACAGUACAGCACGAUUCAGUGCGUGAACUCUCGAAACAGUAUUCACAUCCGGACUAUUGCCACGAUAGUUUCCAACUGCUUUCCAUCUCUAGCGGGUGUUGCCAUCAGUAAUAGCAUACCUAUUGAACUUGUUCCAUUGGUUUCUGACCUUGCGAAGCCCGUCUUACAUCAGCAGUUUUGGCAGGAUACCAUUAAUAAAUACUAGAUAUCAUCCAGCACAAACUAAACAUCUCCCUCAGUGACACCAUUAAUAUUGGGUUGAAAUGCGGGUUUCUAGAAACAUCUGCAGGAGAGUUGAAGACCCCCCCACCACACACACACACACACAGCAGAAGUUAUUUAGUCUGUUGAGUUCUUCGCCGGGUGAUGUCAAGAUCCAGUUCAUUUGCUGAAAUGUUGUUCAGUGAAACGAUUACUCGACGACAUAUUCGACGGAAUGGUAUGUUUGGCAAGAUGACCCAGUCACCCUCAAAUUUAAGCUCGUUAGGUGGUGCUUCAUGGCACGGCUAAAGCCUACCCAUGGACCCCUCUGGCAUGGGGCAUCUUCGUGUGUGAACUCACACCACUUUACUUCUAUUGUCACUACCGAAUGGGUUAGAACGGCGGGGGUCUUUCGAUGCAAGCUUCCUACCUUCGACAACCCUCUGGAGCAUGCAUACGUAGCCAGAGCAUGGUGGAAGGCAACGGGCGUGCACCAGAGGCAUCCCAAUGAGAUGCCCUGCCAUCCUGUCAGUGACUCGUCAGAAUUGCGAUAUACAGGGAGAAUGAGUAUUUGGGGACAAGUGGAGCAUCAAACUAUACUGCAGCUGAAACUUUGUCAUCUCGAGAUAUAUCACUUCCUCUUCACGCGUCUGUGGGGCUGUCUUUUACAGUCAAUCGAAAUAAGGAGGGGGAGAUUCGUGCUCUAACAUAUGCUCCACGCUAGAAAUGCGCAGAAAAAUACCCUUUUGGAGUUUGGCACGUCGGGGAACUCUAUCUUCGACCGAGGCCGGUCAGCCUAAACGUCGUCUUCCUUUACCUCGAGGUUAUUUACUUCAAGUCAGCUUUUACGAGUCAAAGGAGGAGAGAGUACAAUUUUUAACGGGAACCCAACAGCUUCCAAGUUGCACGCCACAAAUUUGCCGACAUUCUCCGCACGACAGCUAUUCCGCCCCGAAGCGGGAAAAAGCGACGCGCUUUUAAAAGGCUACCCUGCAUACGCUGCAGUGUGCGCGAGUCUUCCACUUCACAUGCUUCUGUAGCCACUUUUCACUUCAACUCCAAAAUGUAUGCGUGUGUGCACUUCAUGCCGCCUGUGUAGGCAAGAGGACUUUCGAAGUGUCGUGAUGUGUGCGAGACAUUUUUCAUGCAGUAUCGGUGUUCCUACAUGUGAGCUUGUGUAGCACAGAGUUAACAAAGGUUGUAGCUAAAGGGCCUAACUAAACGUGUACAUACAAAAGCUGUGGAUAUACGCAUAAGAACUAUGUGAAAUGAAAUAAAACUUGGAAGGCAAUCUGUGUGGUGACUUUGAAA